UUCGUCUCUUAUGCUAGCUUAAGGCGGAACAGAAAAAAAAAAAACAAAAACCCUAGUUGCAGCUUUUUCCUCUUCAUCCUUGAUCCCGUUCGAAACCAUGUCGAAGAGAAAGACAAAAGAGCCAAAGGUGGAGAAUGUGACACUAGGACCAACUGUUCGUGAAGGAGAAUAUGUCUUCGGAGUUGUUCACAUCUUUGCUUCAUUCAACGACACUUUCAUUCACGUGACUGAUUUGUCUGGACGGGAAACACUUGUUCGCAUCACUGGUGGAAUGAAGGUGAAAGCCGACAGGGACGAGUCCUCACCUUAUGCAGCUAUGCUUGCUGCACAAGAUGUCGCUCAGCGAUGCAAGGAACUCGGAAUCACUGCCAUACAUGUGAAGCUCCGUGCCACUGGUGGUAACAAGACCAAAACCCCCGGUCCUGGUGCUCAGUCUGCUCUAAGAGCCCUUGCCCGUUCUGGCAUGAAAAUUGGUCGCAUUGAGGAUGUGACUCCAAUCCCAACUGACAGUACUCGAAGAAAGAGUGGAAGAAGAGGAAGGAGGCUAUGAGUUUUUUAUGGCGUUGCUGGGAUCCCUUUAUGUGCUCUACUACUCUAUAUUUAGCUCUCUCAAUGUUUCAUUUUGAUCUUUUCUUAGAAUGAUAAGAGUUUUGGUUUUACCAUGCUUUUCUUAUAAUCUCAACUCUUAACAGCUUUUUGAAUCUUCUGUUAUAUGACCUUAAGAUAUUCACAAUCUAGUAUCUUUUAAA